AUGUCCUUAAGAACUCUUGGCUUGAACUCGCCAUUAAAGGGUCUUUUCACCAGACCAACUGAAAUGACCAAAACCGUUCAAACAAUUUUAGAUUUCAAAAACGCUCCAGACGCUUCAUUUAAUAGCAUUAUAACAAGGUGCGAUAAAGAGUUGGGAGGGUUUUCGUCAGUUAACUUUGAUUUAGACCCACAGCAUAACAAUGGUGUAUUCCAUGGAUAUUUGAACUUGGACUUGCCCAAGGACCGCCCAGACGUGACAAGAUCAGGCUAUGCCAUGUUCAGAACCAAGGAUCAACAAGAAUCUUGGCUCUCUGGUGAUUCAUAUUGGGAUUGGUCGCAAUUUUCAUCCUUGGUAUUGAGAGUUAAGGGAGAUCGUAGAAAGUAUUUGGUGAACAUUCAAGCUAAUACACCACUCAUAACUGAUUUAUUCCAACAUAGACUCUUCUUGAAUACACCUGGUGAAUGGGAGACCGUUGUCAUUCCAUUGAACGAUUUUGUUAUGACUAACUGGGGUGUAAUUCAAGAUGGCUGUGAAAUGAAUAAGAGUGAGAUUAAAACCGUUGGUGUAGGAUUAUUAGAUAAGCAGUACGGACCAUUUGCAUUGAACGUUGACUGGAUUAAAGUGAUGACAGGAACAGAGGUGGAAAGAGAAACCCAGAAGUCCAGAAUUGAAAGAGUAGCUAUUUCUACGCCAUUGGAUAGCGAGAAUGUGGAGAGUGACAUUCCUACUGAACAUGGAUCUGCAUUGAACACUAAACAGUAUGAAGAACCAAAGGCUACUGUGUUUUAG